CUAUGAAACAUGAAAUAAAAGAGGUACAGCUUGUAGAAGGGGCGUUGGUUGGAGGAUGGCUGCUGGCUGUCUCGGAGUUGGCCUUGUCGAUGGCUCGGCACGUCCGUCAACGGGGCUGAUAUCUGGCAGUGGUCGUGGUCUUCGGUCAACCGUAACUCUCUGAAUCCAGCUAUACCAAUACCCUCCUAUCCCAAGUGUUGACGCAGUGAAAGGCUUGUGUGUGAACAGGCAGCCAUACGGUGCCAGACGACGUUUGCUCCUUUCCUUCGCUUAUGGAGCUGUGAAAGAAAGCUCCAUGGAUGAGCCAGAGCCAGAGCCACCAUUCGAACAUUCAUCAAGUGCAACCGCCUUAAGGUCAGCCAACCCACCCAUGCCCGACUCUCAUCCACCACCUUCCUUCCUCCACCAUCACAAGAUCUACCGAAUCUUCCUGCUUUACUUCACUUCGCUUGACCCAUCAAGCACACUCAUGACACCGACCUCUGGUCCGACCAGCGCUCAUGUCGAAUAGAGUCACUCGCUCUUCAGCGAGACUUGCCCCGACCCAAGAUCCUACCAAUCCUACCACAUCCGACCCAUCUACCAACCCUUCUCUGCCUCGUCAGCCUUCGACCGCCGUCGCCCCCACUACUCGCAAGCGCAAGCAGGCCCAGGACGACCCACCUCCGCCUGCUCCAUCGGACACCGCUCAACCCCGCAGAUCUAAGAGAGCUCGCCUGUCCGAUCCCACCCCAGGCCCGACUCAGCCAUCAAAGCGUCCCAAGAACAUGUCUUCGUCCAGCCAUGAUGAACAAGAUCUCUCUCGUUCAAACAUGCCCAGAUCCAAGCACGCCCCCACAUCUCCUGACGACCAUGCCUCCGCCAGCAAACCCAGGUCGUCUCGCAGAAAGAGCAAUCAAGCUCCUCAAUCUGCUCAACCCUCGUCCUCGCGCAAGGCCUCCAAGAAGUCAUCCCACAAAAAGGUCCCCGACGCUUCGUCGAGUCGCCCCGAACCUGAUCCACCACGUCUGCCUGCCGAGGAUCACGACGAAGAGGAUGAUCAUGAUGACAACGAUGAUGAAGAUGAAGAAGAAGGAGAUGAAGACGACGCUGCCGCCGCUGCUGCAUACAGACAUCAUGGAGAUGGUGACGAUGAUGAUCCCUUCUCGGGCGCUUUCCUCAAUCGCUCGGGCAUGCCCGCAGGUCUAUCAAGUACCCUGCGCGCUUUGAGUGGCAUGAUGUCUGGUAUGACCACUCGUCUGCGAGCUCUUCUCGAGAACCUUCGCGCAAAAGACGAUCCCUCCAUCCAGAUGGUUGCUCUCAGUGAGCUCUCGGAUAUCCUGCUAGUCUCCAACGAAGACAACCUUGCUGGUCACUUCUCACCUGAUCAGUUUGUGAAAGAGCUGGUUGCACUCAUGCAGCCCAACGACUUCACCGGCGAAGAGAACCCCGAGAUGAUGCUAUUGGCUUGCAGAUGUAUCGCAAACUUGAUGGAGGCUCUUCCUCAGGCUACUGCGAGUGUCGUUUACGGAGGUGCUGUUCCUGUCCUGUGCCAGAAGCUGUUGGAGAUCCACUACAUCGACCUCGCCGAGCAAGCACUCAGCACUUUGGAGAAGAUCUCGAUCGAGUUCCCUGGUUCUAUCGUUCGCGAGGGUGGCCUGAGCGCGUGCCUGACCUACCUCGAUUUCUUCGCUACUAGCACUCAGAGAAGCGCUGUCACUACUGCCGCAAACUGCUGCAGAAACCUCUCCGAAGAGUCGUUCCCCACCGUUCGCGAUGUCAUGCCUAUUCUUCUCAACGUCCUCUCGAGUAGUGAUCAGCGGGUCGUGGAACAAGGCUCGCUUUGUGUAUCCAGAAUCGUGGAGAGCUUCAGAUUUCAAGAGACCAAACUCGAGGAGCUGGUCAGUCCUGAUCUGCUCAAGGCUGUCCUUAGACUGCUGCUACCCGGUACAACCACUAUGAUCGGCCCCAAUAUCCACGCCCAAUUCUUACGCGUCCUAUCAUACACCGCAAGAGCAAGCCCUCGCUUAGCCGUUGAACUGCUGCGCAUGAAUGUUGUCGACACUCUCUACCAGAUCCUCACUGGAGUUUCUCCCCCUGCAAGCAGCGAUGGCGUUGCCAUGAAGAUCGAUAAGAACAUCAUCAUGCAAGCUCUCAUCCGUACGCCACGCGACCAGAUCUUCGAAACUUUGAACGUCAUCUGCGAGAUCCUUCCCAGCGUCUCGCCUGACAACCUUAUGUUUAUCAACGACCUUACAGAUGCCGGCAACACUGGCCCGGGUGUCGUCUCCAUGGGUACUCGUGCUCGAAAGUCGCCAAACGACAAUCGUCUAGAACUCUUGCAAGGUUGCCAGCCCGAAGUUCGACGCUUUGCUGUGAUUCUUUUCCCGACUCUGAUGCAUGCAUACACCAGCACCGUUAACUCUAGUGUCAGACACAAGGUCCUUACUGCACAGCUCAAGAUGCUUUCCAACUUUGAUACUAGUGUACUCGAGGAAGCACUGUCAGGAGUUGCUUAUGCUUCCCACCUAGCAUCAAUUCUCACACAGGAAGAGGAUCCGACGCUCGUUACCUUUGCGUUGCAAGUUGCCGAGCUCCUUCUCAAGCGUCUGGAAUCGACUUAUAGGCCCCAAUUCUACCGCGAGGGUGUUAUGGCCGAGAUCACUAAGCUUGCGCAGAGAGACUUGGCUCCCGUGAAGUUGACUGAGACCGAGUCUGAUCCGGCAGCACAUGUCGAUGCGCCUUCUUUCUCCGCUGAGCUCCCUGUGAGAUCUGAGCCUGCUGAAGAAGAUCAUGAGGAACCCGAUGGACCCGAUUAUCCUGAAGAGGAGUCUGGCGGAGAGCAUGAUGACGACAACGAAGAUCAUGACGAGGAGGACGAGGAGGACUCGGAGUCUGAAUCGGGACUUCGAAAGUCGCAAACACACCCUGCUGGUAGUUCUCAGGAUGUUGUCACGUCGCGUGCUCGCAAGUUUGUUGAGGCUUACCAGAACGAUGGCGGACUCGGCGAGGCUUCAAGAGCAUUGACCGAGCUAAAAGAAUUGGCUGAAGACCUUCGCAAGUGUUACGCCUCUAACAACAUGUUCAACGGACCCGCUCUCUUCCAGCGCCUCGCUCAGCACUUCGAUGGCGAUACUCCUGAGACCAUCACGAGCUACGAAUUGUUAACUUCCGAUAUCGUCUCUACUCUGCUCGAAAUCUUCCAGUCUUCCGACAGUCACACCGGUCGUGCUGCGAGGUCAGCAUUCCUGGACGCAUUCAUGUCACAAGGAGGACAGGCCAAGACGAUGCCAAGUGGCUCGGUCUUACCUGCCACUGCAUUCAGCGCCAUGGUCCACAAGCUCCAGGACUUACUCAGCCGCACCGAGCAUUUCGAGGUAAUCACCGUUCACCAGAAUGCCUCCGACAGCAGCCGAAGCGGCGCAGCUUCGAUGCUCGCCAAGCAGUUGCGCAUCAAGCUAUCUGCCGACGAGGAGUCUGGUAUUCCGCGUCCUUACAGAAAUAUCAUGGUCUCAAUACACGCCAUCGCAACUUUCAGAGCUCUUGACGACUACCUUCGUCCUCGCAUCAGUCUCGCAGAGAGGGCUGUACGUAGCCGCGACGCACUGGCCAGCAGUCUCGCUCAAGUCGUCAGUCGUGAAAGCGGAAAUGCUAUUGAGGGGGCUUCAACUCCUCCUGGUAGCAGCGAUCAGAAAGAGUCAUCUACUCAACGUGCUCAUACGAGAUCGUCUAAACCCGAGAGCACCCCACAGAACAGUGGUGAUGCUACCAGGCAUUUAGGUAGAGCUUCGCGCAAGGUUCUGCAGCAGGACUCCUCUGAGCGCGAGACAUCGCGAGAGGACCCUACAGACGCGGCAGAAGACAGCCAACAGCAACUCGAAUGCGCUGACGAAGCUGCUCUCUCGGACGAGGAUGAAGACAAUGAAGAGGACCUUGAUGCUAUUGUCAACGACUUCGAUGACGAAGACCAGAACAUGGAAGAUGCCGAUCAAGAUACCUCAGCAGUCAACCUAGAGGUCGCUAACAGUGGCAAGGUGACUGCUCGUAAGGAAGACGGCACGCGCAUUAGCACUCCGCUGCAAGGUUCGCAACAUUCAGCCACCUCGCGCACUUCCGCUUCUGCAAGGCUCGCUGCGGCGCGAGAGUUGCUCUCCACGCCUACUACGCAAAGACCUGCUUCCCAGGUUCCCGCAGCCCAGCCUGCCUCCCAGGACUGGCACAUUGAGUUCAGUGUUGAUGGUCAGCCUUUGUCAAACGAUACUACUAUCUACCGCGCCGUUCACUUCAAUCAGGCAAACCCUGAUGAGGUCUCCAGCCGCAACAUCUGGUCGACGCUACACAAGAUAUCUUUCAGACGUGCUCCUGGACCACCUCCCGCCGAACCUAGCACGCUCCACUCCUCGUCAGACGCAUCUGCAGCGUCCACGUCCGAGCUCCCACCUUCUCUCAGCCAGCAUCCUGCCACCGCCGCUAUCCUUCGUCUGAUGAGCACUCUGCACGACAUGAAUGCUAAUCUCGAGGACAUUAUUGCUGAAGAGAAGACUAACGACGUCAAAUUGAGUUCGGAACCUCUGACCCAGUUUGUCAACACCAAGUUGACAGCCAAGCUCAACCGCCAGCUUGAGGAACCUUUGAUCGUGGCUAGUAACUGCCUUCCUACUUGGAGUGAGGAUCUUGCUCGUCUUUAUCCCUUCUUGUUCCCAUUCGAAACCAGACACUUCUUCCUUCAGUCAACGUCAUUCGGCUACUCGAGAUCGAUGACCAGAUGGCAGAAUGCCCAAUCAGAGAACGAGUCCAGACGCCAUCGUGACGAGAGACCUUUCUUGGGCCGUCUGCAGAGACAAAAAGUUCGCAUCUCUCGCAGUAGAAUUCUCGAAUCUGCCGUCAAGGUCAUGGAGCUUUAUGGAUCGUCUCCAAGCAUCCUGGAAGUUGAGUACUUCGAAGAGGUUGGCACUGGUCUUGGUCCUACCCUCGAAUUCUACUCGACCGUGUCAAAGGAGUUCUCAAAGAAGAAGAUCAAGCUUUGGCGUGAGAAUGAGUCAAUUGCUGGCGACGAUUAUGCGUUUGGCCUGGGUGGCUUGUUCCCUGCGCCGAUGAGCGAUGAGCAGGCGAACGAUGAGUACGGAAAGAAGGUGCUGCAUCUAUUCAAGAUGCUGGGCAAGUUUGUCGCUCGAUCGAUGCUGGAUUCCCGCAUCAUCGAUGUCUCUUUCAGCCCAACCUUUUUCCGCAUCGGUGCUGGCAACUCAGCAGUCAAGCCUUCCCUAGGGGCCGUUGCUUCUGUGGACAAGGAUCUUGCCAACUCCCUGAAGCCACUUGUACGUUGUGCCAGAGCAAAGCAGGAGAUUCAGGAAGAUCCAAGCCUUACUCCAGAGCAAAAGGUGCAAGCUAUCAGCAACAUCAGAAUCAAGGAUGCCUCCAUCGAAGACCUUGGUCUUGACUUCACGUUGCCUGGUUACCCCGCUAUCGAGCUCCAGCCUAAGGGAGCUGAGAUCGACGUUACCAUUGACAACGUCGAACUGUAUGUCGAAAAGGUCAUCGACUUCACCUUGGGCCGCGGAGUCCAGAAACAAGUCGAUGCAUUCAGUGCCGGCUUCUCCCAGGUCUUCCCAUACUCGGCACUCAAAGCAUUCACACCCGACGAGCUGGUGAUGCUCUUUGGCCGCGCCGAUGAAGACUGGUCCCUUGAGACACUUAUGGAUUCGAUCAAGGCCGAUCACGGUUUCAAUCUCGACAGCGCAAGCGUCAAGAACCUUCUGCAGACCAUGUCGGAACUUACCAUGUCAGAGAGACGUGAUUUCUUACAAUUCGUCACCGGUAGCCCCAAGCUUCCUAUUGGAGGUUUCAAGUCAUUAACACCCAUGUUCACCGUGGUGUGCAAGCCCAACGAGCCACCGUUGAUGCCGGACGACUACCUACCAAGUGUGAUGACUUGUGUCAACUACCUGAAGAUGCCCAACUACAGCUCCCAAGAGAUGCUGAAGGCUAAGCUGAGCCUUGCCAUCAAGGAAGGACAAGGAGCUUUCCAUCUGUCCUAAGGUCAGACUAUGGAAAACGCAGGCGAUCAAGGAGUUUGCAUUGCAGCAGGUGUUUUGAUAGGGCGUUAGGCCUGAGGAUGGAUUAUUACCACGGCGUUGGUGUGCUUUUUCCCCUAAUGCAACAGGGCGGGGUGGGGAGUUGUUUCUCACAUGGCUAGCCAUUUGGUAGCUCUGCAUGGCAC